AACAGUGAUUCCAAAGACUUUAUAAAGAAGUCCACUGUUUAACCCACAAGCUCCAUUCUUUCCAUUGGAAACGGACAAGUUCAACCUUUCGCUUCAACGUCUCUCGCUCUGUCUCUCCGUUACCUGAGGUGAUCUUGAAAGCUAAGCCAGAGCUUAAGCAUCACAUUCAAUUCCAACAUCUGUGCCAAGAAAUGAGGUCUCUGUCCUCAUCAGCCUUUGAAUCCAUGGCAGAGCUCAGCAGCUUUGCUGUUCUUCUUGUGUUGUUGCUUUCUUGUUCCCGUUUUAGUUCUACAGAAGCCUAUGAUGCACUUGAUCCAACUGGAAAUAUCACAAUCAAAUGGGAUGUAAUGAGCUGGACACCUGAUGGCUAUGUUGCUGUUGUUACAAUAUAUAACUUCCAGCAAUAUCGCCAUAUUCAAGCACCAGGAUGGACAUUGGGGUGGACAUGGGCAAAAAAAGAAGUAAUUUGGGGCAUGAUGGGGGGCCAAACAACAGAGCAAGGGGAUUGUUCAAGAUUUAAGGGGAACAUUCCACAUUGCUGUAAGAAGGAUCCUACGGUUGUGGAUUUAUUGCCAGGAACUCCAUACAACCAGCAGAUUGCUAAUUGCUGCAAAGGGGGAGUAAUAAACUCAUGGGUCCAGGACCCAUCCAAUGCAGCAAGUUCGUUCCAGGUCAGUGUGGGUGCUGCUGGAACAACUAACAAGACUGUCAGAUUACCUAAGAACUUCACUCUGAAAGCUCCUGGACCUGGAUAUACUUGCGGGCCUGCAAAGAUUGUGAGGCCAAGUAAAUUUGUGACAGCAGAUAAACGGAGAGUCACUCAAGCUUUGAUGACCUGGAAUAUUACUUGUACAUAUUCACAAUUCCUCGCUCAGAAGACACCUACUUGUUGUGUUUCUCUCUCCUCCUUUUAUAAUGAGACAAUAGUGAAUUGCCCCAUGUGCACCUGUGGCUGUCAAGACAAUGUAACAGAACCUGGGAGCUGCGUAAAUCCAGAAUCUCCUUAUUUAGCCUCAGCAGUAUCAGGUCCAGGAAAAUUGAGUAACACACCUCUGGUUCAGUGCACCAGCCAUAUGUGUCCUAUCCGAGUCCAUUGGCAUGUGAAGCUAAAUUAUAAGGAGUAUUGGAGGGUGAAGGUCACAAUCACAAAUUUCAAUUAUAGAAUGAACUACACACAAUGGAAUCUUGUUGUGCAACACCCGAACUUUGAUAAUCUUACCAAGAUUUUCAGCUUUAAUUACAAGUCCUUAACUCCUUAUGCAGGCUUAAACGAUACUGCCAUGUUGUGGGGAGUCAAGUUUUACAAUGAUCUGCUUAUGCAAGCUGGCCCUCUCGGGAAUGUGCAAUCAGAGCUUCUUUUCCGCAAGGACAAAUCAACUUUUACUUUUGAAAAGGGAUGGGCUUUCCCUCGGAGGAUUUAUUUCAAUGGUGAUAACUGUGUCAUGCCACCUCCAGAUGCAUACCCAUGGUUGCCAAAUGCUGGUUCUCGACCUAUUGUCUCUUUACUUUAUCCAGCCUUUACCAUCGUGUCUUUGUUGGUAUUCUUAUUGGCUUUUGCACAGUGAGUUACGCCUGGGGCAAACUAAAAAAGACUAUAUGUUGUUCUAGAACAAUCUAGAAUUUGUCAUAUGGUUUGGAUCGCCGCAAAGCUUAUGGUAGUCAAGCUGAUGGGGUUGGAUGUGUUAGUGCUACAAGUUUCGGCAUGGUGGGGUUGGGUUCAGAUGUAUUAUUGCAUCUUCACUGCAAAAUUCCGCUCUGUUACUUGUUUUAUGUAUUGGGGAAUACAUUUUGCUGCCA